UUUAAUGGCCUGCGGGAAAUUUGCCCUUACAACUCCAGACAUUAAGGCAAAGAGAGGGAGAGAUAGAAGGGGGAGUGAGGAGAGACGGGAAAUCGCCGCAUGAAAGAUAUUGGUUCAAGGAUAUCUCUUCAUUUUUCAACAUGUUUCUUUCACUCGGUCUCCAUCAACAAGUUUCUGUGUGAAAGAGAAGCACUUGAAAUCUGGAGAUGGAGAUGUGUGGAGCUGCCCCGGGAGCUGUUCCAUCGGACCCAAUGACAGCGAUUGCAAUCUGCUUUUUGCUGCUCUGAAUUUGUGACCAAACUUGACUCCUAGUUAUGAUAUCAGUGCAGCCACGAUUUGGGGGGGAAAGUGGGGGCAUAUCACGCUUUGCUCCUUGAGAAAAUUGCCGGAGUGAGAGAGUGGAGUUGAGCUAAUUGUAGCCUAAUCCCUGGCCCAGAGGCGCCAGGGCAGCCCGGAGCAAGAUUUUUCCUUUUCAGCUCUGUUAUUUAGAGACGGAUUAUUGGCUUUCUUCUUCUUCUUCUUCUUCUUCUCAUAACAAACCACAGGGGCAGUUUCAUUUAGAAGCCGAAAUAUACGGAGCGGCAGCAAGAGCGCACUCUUUUUUUUUACGCGCAGCCAAAAUAAGAGCAGAGAAGGGGAAGGAGAUCGUCUCAUCUAUGUUCAAGGAGGGAAGAAGCAUGUCACGGCUGUCUCUGACCCGGUCCCCGGUCUCUCCCCUGGCCGCUCAGGGGAUCCCUCUUCCGGCUCAGCUGACCAAAGCGAACGCCCCAGUGCACAUCGAUGUCGGGGGACACAUGUACACCAGCAGCCUGGCCACCCUCACCAAGUAUCCAGACUCAAGAAUCAGUCGUCUGUUCAAUGGCACCGAGCCCAUCGUGCUGGACAGCUUGAAGCAGCACUACUUCAUAGAUCGGGACGGCGAGAUAUUCCGCUACAUUCUCAGUUUCCUCAGGACCAGCAAAUUGCUCCUUCCAGAUGACUUCAAGGACUUCCACCUUCUCUACGAGGAGGCCCGCUAUUACCAGCUCACGCCCAUGAUCAAGGAACUGGAGCGCUGGAAGCAGGAGCGGGAGCAGCGGCGGAUGGCACAACCGUGCGACUGCUUGGUGGUCCGUGUCACGCCCGACCUGGGCGAGAGGAUCGCCCUCAGCGGAGAGAAGGUCCUCAUCGAGGAGAUCUUCCCAGAGACUGGCGAUGUCAUGUGCAACUCGGUCAACGCUGGCUGGAACCAGGACCCCACGCACGUCAUCCGCUUCCCCCUCAACGGCUACUGCAGGCUCAACUCCGUCCAGGUUCUGGAGCGUCUCUUCCAGAAGGGCUUCAGCGUGGCGGCGUCGUGCGGCGGCGGCGUGGACUCGUCCCAGUUCAGUGAGUACGUGUUGUGUCGCGAGGACCGGCGGAGUCUGUCCAUGAACACGCCCAUCAGGAUAAAACAGGAGCCUCUGGACUAAAGAGGUGGAGCGGAGGGACCCAGCAUCCCUGCUCUUUGUCCAUAUCUCUCCACACCAUCUUCACCCUCCAACUCCCCGCACCACCCACCCCGCCCCACCGUCCCCCCCGCCCGAGCGUCCCUACCUCAGGGAGUUAUGCGAGACGGCUGGUUCACCUGGGCUUCUGAACGGACUCUGGAGGGGGAAUGUAGUACAGAUAUUUAAACGGCCGCCAAAGAUUCUGCACUUCAUGGUGACUCUUCUCCUCCCACGUCGCGUCACGCAGCAGGAACUCUGCUCCAGUCCCAGUCUGUGUGAGGUCUGCAGUCAGAUGGAGGCACUGACAGACCAGCGAGGACUUAAUCCAGUCUCCUUGAAACUGUCGAGGCCAGCCACCCCCCGUCACCCUCACCCCCCCGCCCCUCCCGUGUCACACAAAACUGCCAGAAUGAUUGUCUCUUCCACUUGUUGUUUCUUCUUGCUCCUUUCUUAUCGCAUCGCGUUGUGAAACAAUGACAAACAAUAGGAUUAUUUUUAUGUUUCUCCAAAAUGAAGGAUGUGUUUGUGUUCAUGUCGAGAGAUUGUGUGGGAGCAGUUCUUGGCGAACGCUGCAGAAACCUCUGCAGGCGAUGUGGCUGAAGCGAUCUGGCUGGCGUGGUGCGUUCACGGACGGGGAGGAACAAAACAAGUCCCGUCCUCCAACCUGUUUCUACUCUCAACCACUCAUUACGUUGGCAACAUAUCUGAUCGCCGUCCCACUGGCCAGAUGGGACGUGGAAUGUAGAAGCCUCCGGGACGUUUACCAGUACGACUCCGCCAGAGACGUACUCUAAAAUAUGGGAUUCUUUUGCACUUUGAAGCAUUUGCAUCAAGUCACAGGUCAGAAGCUGCUGGGCCCAACACUGUCACUGCGAGACCAAAACACAAUGCUGGGUUAGCAACCUGAGAAAUUACCGGCACAAUUCGGAGCGGAAAAUGAACAAAUUGUUCAGAAUAUUUUCUUAUAUAAAACAGGAAUUUCACUGAGGACUAAGUCCAGAUAUUCAUGGUUUAGGGGAGUUGAUUUUACAUUUUAUUAAAGUUUAAGUAGUCGGAAAAUUAUUAAGAUAUGCUUUCGAAAUGUGUUUCAGAACUCUACUUUUUCCCCUCAUUUUUAAAAAAUUCAAAUUAAUUAAAUUAUUUUUUUCUAAAUUAAAAGUUAUUUUUUUAUUCAAUGAGUAAAUAAAUAUUUAAGUAAAAUUGGAGCGCAGAAAUUCAACCUUUUAAACCCCAAAUCCAGAAGUAUGUUUAUAUGGCAAUAAACAAAUAACGGAGUGCAAAAGAAAAAGUAAAUGAAUUAAAAUCAAUAUUUUGAAAAAUAUUCUAAAUAAAUUCUCGAGAAAACGAUGAGAAAUAGGCCAGUUUUAAUGUUAUUUAUUUUUAAAAUUAUUUUUAAAUAUUUUCUACUAUCCACAAUAUGAAGAUUAUUGGAAAAUUGUGAAAAAAAUUAGUUAAAUUUAGUCAAAUUUAAAGUUAUUUUGUAUCAGCUCUUUAUGAAGCUCAUAAGCAGCUGUUUAAGGGAAACCUGAUACACAAUGAAGCGAAAGCUAAAACAGCAAGGACAUUACAAGUCUCAUAGUUAUUGGGAUAUUUUGGAGCUAAUAUGCUUCAGUGACUUCAGGUCCUUUUAAUUUUUCUAUGAGUUCAAGAUGAGAGUUGCCUCCAGCCCUGAGGAGUCUGAACCGCUGACAGAACUGACUGACAUUCUGGGUCUUCAUGGUCCUUCUGAAGAAACGAUUGUGACAGAAAAUAUCUCCAAUAUGCUUCGACAUUCCUUGUUUAAUCUAUAACUUUUGUCUUUUGAAGCUGCUUUUGUUCGUCCGACUGCCAGAAUCGAGCUGAUUGUACAAAGACAUACAAUAAUGACUGAAGAAUUCCAGUUGAUAAAAAAACGCCGUUUUGGAUCAGAGCUCUGUGUACUGUACCUUUUAGAGCAAGUUUGUCAAAGUCGUUGUUUGUUUCGACAUUGUCACGGCCAAACCCGGAUUAUCGCCUCGCGGAGUGAACGGUCCUUCCAACAUCAGUGAGCCGCGAAGAUGCGAGUGGGUGGCAUUUACUCUCUGCUUUUGUCUUCUGUUCAACGUCUCUGGAUCAAAGCGUGUUGAGAGAAUGAUGUUCACGUCCAAAACACAUUCUGAUCUUAGUAGUUUUUAUGAACUGUUUUUUUUUCGUUUUUUUUUUUGGCCAAUGUUCAUUAUGAAAGGAGGAGGAGGCUGGUUCCUGGUCCGGCCCUGCUCCCUGUGGGGCGCCUCACAGGCUCAUCUUUGUUCUGACCCGCCAGUGGCCCACGUCGGAGCAUCCCUUGGCCUCAAAGGGAAUGGUCAACCAGGCCUUUCAUGUUGCCGCGGCAUGUCGGGCUCAGCUCCGCGCUCGUGCCCCCGCCCCCCGCCGUCCUCUCCCCGAGGGCUUCCAGCUGAGCGGUGCCAGUAGAAACUCGGGUUGGACCCCCUGCUGCUGUGUCAUCCCCAUGCGCUGCUUUUCAGGACGCCCGCCCACGCUGAGGCUCGCUGGACCACAUCGAACCAAACAAACUGUUGAGUCAAAUGUGAGCUGCCAUUCAGGACUCUGUGGCCCAGCAAUAAUCAAACCGGUCCGACGCUCUCCAGGAGCGGAACCUUGAAUUCCAGAUGAAGUACUGGUCAGUUCCCCUCCAUCUCUGCGGUGGACCGGCUGUACAGCUGUUGCAUAUGGACUCUCGGAACUCUGGGGCUUUAUAGGACCCCCGUGUUUUUAAGUCACAGAAGCAAAGAACGACUUGUGUACAUACGAAUAACACAAUAAUACGGUGCAAAUGUAUAUUAUUUAAAGUGAUAAAACAAUUAGACUGUGGUAUUAAAGGGCAUGUGUUCAUUUACAUCGUCUCCAUUUGACUUUUCUUGCUAUUUGCGAUAAUAAAAGGAUGUAACGUUCGUCUGUG